UUCCACGCCCACACGCCAACUAAAGCUACGUGCCGGUAGACAUGUCGCCGCUCUCGCGCUGUGGAUAAAGAGGAGCGCGAGCUGGUUUAACGGUUAGAGAAGCGUGACGGAAUAUGGCUCAUGGGUGUGUGCGCGUGCUUCUGUGCGCGGCUGUGCUCGUGCCCGCGGCUCGGUGUCAGUAUGAGCGCUACAGUGCGGAGGAUUUCCCGCACGCGGAUCUGAUGCCGCUGGAUUCGGCGUACGGUUUCGCACUGGAGCGGUAUGGAGCGCGGGACUGGGAGGAAAGCGUGCGCUACUUGGAACUCAGUCUGCGCCUUCACCGACUACUGAAGGAGAGCGAGGCGCGCUGCAGCCGCGCGUGCACCCGGGACAACCUGCAUGGCACGGACACGGACACCGACACGAGCCUGCGGAUCAUCAAACACAUCCUCACGCGCGCGGCGUGCGUUAAAAAGUGUAAAGCGGAAAUGCCCGUGUUUUCUCAAGAAUACCCCAGACCGGAAACUCUGGAGGCCUUUGGCACGAGGACGCCGUACCGGUAUUUACAGUUCGCUUAUUAUCAGAUGAAUAAUCUGGAGAAAGCUGUAUCAGCAGCACACACGUAUCUCCAGCGUAACCCGGGGGACCCGCUAAUCUCCAAAAACAUGAACUUUUACAAAAGUCUCUUUGAUAUUGAAGAGUAUUUAAUGGACCAGGAAGAGAAAAAGCACGAGACUCUCUUCCUGAAGGCGGUGCUGCUGUAUAAUGCAGGGGACUUCAGCAGGUCUGUGAAGAUGUUGGAGGAAGUGUGUGUGGAGUAUUUACAUGCGUAUGAUGAGUGUGUUUCAGCAUGUGAGGGAUCAUAUGAGGUGCAAGAGGUCAAAGACUUUUACCACACACUCUCAGGAUUAUUGAUGGAGGUGAUGAGGUGUAAGGUGAGGUGUGAAGAGGAUUUAACUCCCAAUGUUGGUGGAUUUUUUGUGGAAAAAUUUGUUGCCACUGUUUUCCACUACAUGCAGUUUGCUUAUUAUAAAUUGAAUGAUGUCAUGAAGGCUGCUCCAUGUGCACUUAGUUACCUGCUCUUUGAUCCUAAUGAUCAGGUGAUGCAGCAAAAUGUUGCGUAUUACAAAUUUCACAGAAAGCAGUGGGGUCUGAGAGAGGGGGAGUUUAAACCCCGCCCUGAAGCUGUUUGUUACUUUAAUCAGACAGUGAAGCAAAAAGAAUUGCUGGAAUUUGCACACAACUAUUUACAGACAGAUGACGAGGAUGUUGUGAGUCCAGAGGAAUCUCCUGCUCUUUCUUCUGCUGAUGAAGAGUUUGAUGGAGCUGGUGAUUAUGAAGAGUCGUUCCUUGCUGAAUGGUGGCAGGAACCCAAAACUAAAGGAGACAAUGGAGAAACAGAAUGAAACACACAAUGGACUAUCAGCGUCAGAUGUGUGUGUGUGUGUGUUGAUGAACUACACUGACUGCUGAAGACAGGAGGUAUUCCUUCUCCUGUGAAAACACACACAGCUGAAGAUGUGUCAGGCAGGGAGCCACUGGUGACUUAUUAUUAUUAUUAUUAUUAUUAUUACAUUUAUCUGCAGGUUUGUGCUAAAUAAAAACCUUACAUAAAUACUUGCUUAAA